AACAUACUUAAUACUAAACCCUUUCAGAAUGCAACAAUUACAUGAUACUAGUUUUAUUAUAUUUCCAAUUGGUAACUAAGACCAAGAAUCGGUUGCUACAAACAAAGUGAUUAAAUUUUGUUGGCGAGAUCAACAAAAGAGUGAUUCUAAUGAUCAAUUAAAAUGUCUAAUCCAAAACCGAUCGAAUUGUUUAAAUUUGAUUCUCUCUGGCAAGAUCGUGAUUUAAGGUUCGAUGCAACGGCAAAGGAAUUAACUCUUCGAAAAGGUGAGAAAAAUUUAUAUCGAUAUGAUCGGAUUGAAGAUACCAAAGGAAACUCUGGUGAUGAAGGAAGAUUAACCAUCACUAAUUUACGGAUAAUCUGGCAAUCAAAAUCUAAACCACGGAUUAAUCUCACAAUCGGAUUAAACUGUAUCAUCUCAAUAACCUCUCGAAAUUUACACAACAAACUACGAGGCAGAUACACCGCUCUUCAUAUCAUGGGAAAAGUUAACGGUACCAGAUACGAAUUUGUAUUCACACCAUUAGAAGACAAAGAAUCGGUUGUUGGGUCGAAAUCAUCAGGAGCAGAUUCUUCAUCUAUCAUCAUUAAAUCAGGCGAAUCUGCAAUAUUAUCAACUGGGGAAAGUUCAUCGAUCACUGAGAAUGGUAGUGAUGUUAAUCCACGAUUUUGUAACAUCGGCUCCGAAAUAACAAUGACCGUGAGUAGAGUUUGUAAAGCUUACCUUUGUACCAAAUUGUUUCGAGAUUUGAAAUUACGAUCAGCCAUUUUCACCACUCAAGGUAAACAACUUAAAAUAUUGACCUCAGAACAGAUUUACAAUAAAUGGCAAGGGGUUUGGAAUCUGUCCUCCGACCAGGGGAAUUUGGGUACCAUGCAUGUAACCAAUUUACGAAUCAUUUGGCACGCAAAUGUAAAUGAACUGUUCAACCUUUCGCUGCCCUACAUUCAAGUUUCCUCGAUUAGGGUUCGUGAAUCUAAAUUCGGCCCAGCAUUGGUCAUCGAAUCAUCUGAUAGUUCGGGAGGUUAUGUUCUUGGUUUCAGAAUCGAUCCACUUCAACGAUUAAUCUCUGUUUAUAACGAACUUUGUAAUCUGUACAAUGUUCAUGUUACGAAUCCCAAUUAUGGUGUUGAAACUUUCCUCGCAAUGGAAAUGGGCUUGACUUCAUUUGAAAGCGGAGGAAUCAUCGGCAGCGGUGGCGGUGGUUACUCUUCAUCGAACGCAAAGUACGAAGAUGAUUUAAUCAACACCGAUUAUAUUGAUGACGAUAAGGAAUUAAAUCCCGAUGUGAUCGCUUCCUACCUGGAAGACGAUUCUCAGGUCAUUGGUAAAGACGCUGAGCCCGUUUUCUGUCAACAAUUAGGACUGGCAAUUGAGAAAAUCAAAGAUGGAUACACACUCGAUUCACUUUGGAAUGUUAUUCCUCAAGGAUCUUAACUAAUUAACCAUUCGACUAAUCAAUUAAAUCAAAUUGAAAUUUCGAAAUACAAUAAAUGCUGAGCAAAGUAAAGACAAAAGUUUCGCUUUAAUCAAUAAGUUAAUUAGUGUUUCUUUUAAUCACUUCAAUUCUCUGAUAUCUAAUCAAUUUUAUCAAUCGACUUAUUUUUGUCUCAAUUGUUGUUAAUUGUUGUUAAUUGUAGUAAAUAGAUUUACAUGUUUACUGAAAAAAACAUUUUUCUCUCGCCUUCAAGUUACUAUUAUUAUCCAUUAAUGAUAAUUGACCUUGAUUGUCGUAGGUGCUUAUUAUUGUUGUUGUUAAAUUAUCACAAUCAAAAAGUGACUGAUGAAAAAAAUGUUAAAAUUAAAUCACCACUUUAAUCAUCUUCUUGAUUGUUGUAGUCCUGAUUUAGAAAGUAACAACAACAGAAAAAAAUCUCAUUCAUCUUUUUGGUUGUUGUUGGUUAGUUGAUAUGAAUUUUUUUCCUUAAUCAUUACAAUUGAUCCAAUUACUUUUUUUAGUCCUAAUUGUUAAUCAUAUUUAGAAAGUCAAAGCAAAACAGAUUCACAAUCACAUCUAAAUCAAGAUUAUUACCUGAAUGAAAAUUAAGGUCAAAUGAUGAUCAUGAUGAUGUUUAACUUAAUAUUUAAUAUAUAAAAUUGGGUUUGGAGUGAAAAUCAAAUCUAAUUGAGAGAAAUUAAAUUAACUUAAAUUGUAAAUCGUUCUGGUUACAGAACUGAUUGAGUAGCAAAAAAAAGUAUUUCACUCAAGGUGAUUGAACAAUAACAACAAUCAACAUUUGUAAUUAAAGAAAAAGGGAAACAAUAAGAUAAUCAACUGAUUGUAGUUGAUUGUUAACCUUUUUCACAAUUAGAAUUAACAAUUUACAUUUAGCUCGAUUUUUUCGUAGCCAUAAAGUAAAAGUGAUUUUUAUUUUUCUUCUUCUUUUCAAUCGGUUGAUUGUUGAUUGUUGAUUGACCUGAUUGACCUUUUUUUCCAAA